AGUCACGUGCCAAUGCAACCUCGCGUUGAAUGCCGGGAACGAAUUUUUUUUGUUUCAGGCAUGUUUCCCCACGACGUCGGUGAGUUGACCCUCCCUUCCGCAAACGAUAUGCGCAGCGCCGUCGACUUCGCGGUAACCGUUGUGAGAGCUCGCUGACUUUCUUUUGCAGCAACGCCGCAGCCAUCUGCCGCUGGCGCAACGAGCAUCGGCGCCGAGAUGGCAUCCUCGGAUCGUCGAGCAUGCGGAUAAUAGUCGUCGUUCUUGUGGCGGCGCUGUGCCUAUUAUUUCUCGUCGUCGCCAUCAUAUUAAUCACCGAACGCGAAGCAGAAGGCACGGGGACACCACUGGCUAGGCCUGCUCCCGAUAGUACGGGGAAUGGACCGCCAGCUCACGACGACAACACCGACGAUGGAAAUGGCGACACUAGCUUGUAUGCGGGUCUGACGUGCGUCACUUCCGAGAGAGCUGCCAACGAUACCGUCGAUUAUGUCCAGCUGUACCAUCCGUGCGACAACGUCAUCUACAGCAUGGGAUCAACGUGUGGGAACGUAGGACCGAAGGCGGGCCUCCAGGCGAUCGCUGCGCUGGGUGAGGACAAGGUCAAGUACGUCGGCUUCGACUACGAUGGUUCCCAGGACGUCGCAUGCUACGCCAGUCUGGGCCGCAUCGACGGUUGGGAGAAGAACGGCUACGCGGCCCUGAGCGUCGUACUGGCAGACGACUUCUCAGACGUUGCCGAUGUGAUGGCGAAAGUAAAGUUCGCCUUCGACGCCAUCAAGGGAACGAGUGCCGUGGACAUGCCGAAGAUUGUCGGAAUCAAGAUCAACCCAGCGGACGCCGACGUGACGAAGGAAAACGCAGAAAAGCUCCGCGAUCUUCUGAGCGGCGUGUCCCUGGUGAUAUUCCAAUCGCACCCCGAAAGAGACGUCGUCCCCUGCACUAUUGGAAUAAGCGAUGCCUUAAUAAGCAAGAACAACGUGAUCAAAUUAAUGCGAGAUAUUCACCUGCCCGUCGCCAUAUCUACGACCGCGGCGUUGGUUCUAAUCACUACCGACGGUCAACAGACGGAACGUGGAAGCCACUGCGUGGGCCUAAACCUUGUUCCCCGUUCCACUCGAUGUUCGCUCAUUGGAAGCGCAGCUCGAGAUGGGCACAGCGUCCCUUCCGGAUUCUCCAAUACGGUUGUCAUAGAAUACCUCACUACCGCUUCUGCAAGCUCACUGCUGCCUGACAGAUCGGUGAGGCACCGGACGAAAUACGGCGUGGCCGUGUUCAACCUGGAUUAUUACUACCUGGACCAGUACCCGGUGUGCCCGUCGCUCAAUUUGAGCGCGUUCAAGCUACCCAGACCAGACAAGACAGUGACGGCCACCUAAGUCGCGGCGACUGUCCACGAUAUAGCGCGUGUGAGAGCAGAGUAAUAAACCAUAACGAUACCUGCGUGGAACCAGAAUUGAGUCGUGUCUGCCGUAUCCACGAUUUUCUUUUUAUCGCUCCCGUGGAAGAAGCGCCCGUAUCCGCGACAGUGA